UUUCCCGGAAAAAAAAAAAAAGAACAAAAGUGAAUUCCUAUUUUUCCAUCUCCUUCUCUGUCCAUUCUUUUCUUCCCCACCUAAACCGUGCUAUAGAAGAAAGGCUGGACGAACUAAACAAAAGUGCGAAGGAAUUCGGAAUUCGGAAUUCCGGUAUGUAAUUAACUAAUUACUAAUGUAUCGAACUUAAAAGAUGCGAUUAAGUGAAAAUGAGAAGCAUGUAGCAAGUAAUAAGCAAAGACGUGCAGAAGAAGGUGGGAGAGACGGGCACGCUCACUCACCCAAAACUGAAAUUCCAAGCACACUCAACAUAUAUAUAAUCAGAAAAAAAAAAAGAAGAAAAGAAACGAGGAAAUUAUAAUAUUUAAGAUUUAGAUUAUUCUCGCACCAACCGCAAAAUAAAUAUAUAUAUAUAUUUUCACACCCUCGCACCUAUCCAUCACAUCACACUACACAGUGGUUGGUUGAUUCCUCUCUCGCAACUCGCAAGCAACAACGAAGAACGAAGAAGAAUGGAUGAUGAAGUUAUUCAGCGAGUGUUCCACGAAGGAGGACGCGAUUUCUACCAGCAGCAACCUUCAACUUCCUCCAUCCUUCAAUCUCUCCCUCUCCAUGUGUCUUUUGAUCAUGGCUAUUAUUUACUGGUAAAAUCUAUCCAAGAACUACGUGAGAAAAAGGAAGGCCUUGUUACAGUUGGAAUUGGUGGUCCUAGUGGCUCUGGAAAAACAAGCUUAGCAGAAAAGGUGGCAUCCGUUAUUGGUUGUACUGUUAUAUCAAUGGAGAAUUAUCGUGAUGGAGUUGAUGAAGGGGGUGAUCUGGAUUUUAUAGAUUUCACGAGCUUGAUCAAGAAUCUUGAGGAUUUGAUAAAAGGUGAUGAUACAUUAGUCCCAGUGUUUGAUUAUCAGCAAAAGAGACGUGUUGGCUAUAAAGCUAUAAAGAGUACUGCAUCUGGGGUGAUAAUAGUUGAUGGAACAUAUGCAUUACAUGCAAAACUGCGUUCUUUACUGGAUAUUCGAGUUGCUGUGGUUGGCGGUGUUCAUUUUAGUCUGCUUUCUAAAGUUCGCUAUGACAUUGGAGAUUCUUGUUCACUGGAUAGCCUUAUAGACAGCAUUUUUCCAUUAUUUAGGAAGCAUAUUGAGCCAGAUCUUCAUCAUGCACAGAUCAGAAUUAACAACAGUUUUGUAUCAUCAUUUAGAGAGGCAAUCUACAAGGUUAAAUGCAGAAGUGAGUCUCCAGAGGGAUAUUCAAGUACUGCCUUUCAAGGGAAUGAAGCCCAAACAGAUAAUUGUAUUGAAAUGUACCUUAGACCACCUUCCACUAGUGAAGAAGCAAGGAUAAAUGAUUGGAUCAAAGUGCGGCAGUCUGGAAUUAGAUAUUAUUUAUCACUUGGUGACCAGAGGAUUGUUGACAAAAAUUUUAUUAUCAGGCCUAAAGCAGAGUUUGAGGUUGGACGAAUGACAUUGGGUGGAUUGUUGGCUCUUGGAUACACAGUUGUCGUUAGUUAUAAACGCUCAUCCACAACUGUUGAUAAUGGCAAGGUUUUGGUGUCUUUUGAAACCAUUGAUGCCCUUGAUGAGACAUUCAUGGUGAUGAGAGGAACUAAUAGGAAGACUGUUGGAACAGAAGCAAUGAGGCUUGGUAUCAAUGGACCUUGGAUUACUAAAUCAUAUCUUGAAAUGAUCCUUGAUAAAAAAGGUGUUCCUCGUCUUAGUACACCACCACUGGUGACUAAUACAUCUGUGCCUGGAAGUCAAGACACUGCAAUCAUUGCACCAAAACCAAUUCGCGUGACUCCUGACCUUGUUACGGGAUUGGAGGAUUUGUCUCAGCCAUGGACUCGGUCCCCUACAAAAUCUAAAAUGGAACCUGUUAUGGCAACAUGGCAUUUCAUAUCUUCGGAUUGUUCCCACCCUGACAACUCAGUCCUAGAUCCUUCAUCUUUCAGGGAUACCAUUAGGCUUGCUCCAAUGCCUGAGUCAUGUGACCUGGAUAGGGGAUUGCUUUUGGCUGUUCAAGCCAUACAAGCUUUGUUGGAAAAUAAAGGUUUCCCAGUCAUAGUUGGAAUUGGAGGUCCAAGUGGUUCUGGAAAGACUAGUUUGGCUCAUAAAAUGGCGAAUAUUAUUGGAUGUGAAGUGGUAUCCCUGGAAAGCUAUUAUAAACAAGUAAAGGAUUUCAAAUAUGAUGACUUCAGCUCUCUUGACUUAUCUUUGCUAUCAAAGAAUAUUAGUGACAUAAGAAAAGGCCGAAGAACAAAAGUACCAAUAUUUGACUUGGAAAGUGGUGCUCGGAGUGGCUUCAAGGAACUUGAAGUUUCAGAAGAUUGUGGAGUGAUAAUUUUUGAAGGUGUCUAUGCUUUGCAUCCUGAUAUCCGAGUAUCACUUGAUUUUUGGAUUGCUGUUGUAGGAGGAGUUCAUUCACAUUUGCUUUCACGAGUUCAAAGGGAUAAGAGUAGAGUGGGUUGUUUUAUUUCCCAGAAUGAGAUCAUGAUGACGGUGUUUCCAAUGUUCCAGCAGUACAUUGAACCUCAUCUCGUUCAUGCACACCUUAAAAUUCGAAAUGACUUUGAUCCUGUGCUUUCUCCUGAGAGUUCAUUGUUUGUGUUGAAGAGUAACAAGAAAGUAGCAUAUCAAGAUAUUCUUGCAAUUCUUGACCGAGCAAAAUUUUGCAGUUCUGUUCAGAAAUUUAUUGAUAUUUAUAUAAGGCUGCCUGGGAUCCCUUCUAAUGGGCAGUUGACAGAAAGUGAUUGUAUUCGAGUCAGAAUAUGUGAAGGAAGAUUUGCCUUGCUGAUACGUGAGCCUAUUAGAGAAGGAAACUUCAUCAUUCAGCCUAAAGUGGAUUUUGAUAUUGGCAUUAGUACAGUUGCUGGUCUUCUUAAUCUUGGGUAUCAGGCAGUUGCUUACAUUGAAGCCUCUGCAUUCAUCUAUCAGGAUGGAAAGAUUCUAAUUGAGGUUGAUCAUCUACAAGAUGUCCCUGGCCCAUAUAUUCAGAUCAAGGGUGUUAAUAAAGAUGCAGUGGCAGCAGCGGGUUCAAUGCUUGAAUUGGAUGGCUCAUAUACAACUAAGAGUUAUCUUGAAAUAAUUUUAGAAAGACUACCAACAAUAGAAAGAACUUCUGGUGGGAUUAACUCUCAGCAAUCAGCAAGGCUGCUAGAGAUUAUUGAAUUUAUUCAAUCUCAGGGGUGCAGCUCUCCUUCAGAAUCAUCACCAAGUAGGGGAGUCUCUCCAAUUGAAGGGGCUAUUGAGGAGAUGCAAUCAAGGAUUAGAAGGCUUGAGAAGUGGCUUGCUAUAAAUACGGUUCUAUGGACAUUUCUAAUGUCUGCCCUUGUUGGUUUUUCACUGUAUCAAAGGAGGCGUCAGUGAUGGUCUUGCAAGUUUUCAAGAUCAUGCAUUGGCAUUAUUGUCUAGUAACCUAAAAAUAUAAACAGGGCUCAGUUUUUUGAAUGGUGAGUCCAUGCAAACUAAAUGGUCACUAACCCCUUUAGUUCAAUUUAGAAUGGAACGCGGUUCGUCAAUUUCAAA